AGAGAGAGAGAGAGAGAGAUAGAGGGAGGGAGAGAGAAUAGUCCAAACUCCAAAGCAGGAGCUUUGGGGUGACGUCAAAGCGAAGUUAUUGAGGAUCAGAAGCAAACGAGAAACGUCCCUGUUUUCCGUAGAACUGUGAGAAAACGAGGUCAGGUGGUGUUGUCUCGAAACAGCCGUCCAAAACGUUCUCUGCAAAAUCAACCAGAGACAGAUAGAGAGAGAGAGAGAGAGAGAGAGAGGGAAAGGGUGUCUCUUGUCUUCGGUUGGGAAGGAAGGAAGGGGAGUGAGAGAUGAGCAGCUGGAGGAGAGUGGGAAGGUCCCUGCAGGCUCUCGCGGCCCACACCCUCCUCUUCUCCUUCACCCUCCUCCUCAUUCUCAAGCUCGACAACCCCUCCCUCUUCCGUUCUUGGUGGGUCGUGUUUUCUCCUCUGUGGUUGUUUCACGCACUCGUAGCCCGAGGCAGGUUCUCUUUACCUGCUCCCGCAUUGCCUCACGGUCGUCAUAUAAUUCAUGAUUUAUUCUCAUCCAUCAUACUUACAAGUACAGAAGUUUGGAUUUUAUGUUAAUGUUUUUGGUGACAGUGGGCUCCAUAUCAUGCUGUCAUGGCCACCCCAUUGCUCGUCUCUUUUGAGCUCCUGCUCUGUAUAUACCUUGACAAGAGCUAUGUUCUAAACUUGAAGAUUGUCUUUCUUCCAUUACUGGCAUUUGAGCUUGCUAUUUUGACGGACAAUAUCAGAAUGUGCAGGGCUCUGAUGCCAGGAGAUGAUGAGAGUAUGAGUGAUGAGGCGAUAUGGACAACCUUGCCUCACUUUUGGGUUGCAAUAUCAAUGGUCUUCUUCAUUGCUGCAACAACCUUCACUCUUCUAAAGCUUUGUGGGGAUGUCGCUGCUCUUGGUUGGUGGGAUCUAUUCAUAAAUUUCGGAAUUGCUGAGUGCUUUUCCUUUCUCGUCUGCACAAAGUGGUACAACCCAGCAAUUCAUAGUAGCUCUUACACUGUGGAAACGGGCUCUUCCUCGAUGACGAUAAGAUACCUUGACUGGAACAGAGGCUUAGUCGUCUCUGCUGAUGAAGACGGAGGACACGGCAGAAUAUGCAGCUUGCAGGAUAUUGGAGGCCACAUAAUGAAGAUCCCAUUGAUUUGUUUCCAGAUCCUUCUAUUUAUGCGCUUGGAGGGAACACCACCUGGUGCUAAGAAAAUGCCUCUCUUGGCUCUGUUUGCUCCUCUCCUUUUGCUGCAAGGAGCUGGAGUCAUUUUUGCGAUCUACAGACUGGUGGAGAACAUUGCAUUUUUACUUCAUAAUGGAGCUUAUUCACCCAGAUACUUGAUCAUCUCAUCGGGCAUACGUGAUUGUUUUGGUUUCUUGCACCAUGGGUCUCGGUUGUUGGGUUGGUGGUCAAUUGAUGAAGGAAGCCAAGAGGAGCGAGCACAGCUAUUUUCCACCAGCUCUUCUGGGUAUAAUACCUUUUCUCCUGAUGUCGUGAAGAAAAUGCCCAAAUCAGAACUUGUUGAGGAGAUAUGGAGGCUACAAGCUGCACUGUGUGAGCAGACAGAGAUCACGAAAUACAGCCAGCAGGAAUACGAAAGGCUGCAAAAUGAAAAGAUCCUAUGCAGAGUUUGCUUUGAAGAUCAGAUUAACAUGGUCCUUUUACCCUGCAGGCACCAUGUCCUCUGUAGCUCAUGCUGUGAGAAGUGUAAGAGAUGCCCGAUAUGCCGUGUGCCUAUAGAAGAGCGGGUGCCUGUAUAUGAUGUAUAGUUUGACACUUUUUACUCGGAGAGAUCAAAAAACUGGUCUGCUCAGACCUUUUCUUUUGGUGGCUUGUGAUAAUCAAGGAAGCAAGCACAGGGUACUGUAAAUAUUUUCAUUGUCAGCCCGAUGAUUCGUAUUGCCUGUCAAGUUCAUAUCUUCUUUUGAGUCUCUGUAUUACACGUUUAACCUAACUCUUAUCUAUUCAUGUGCGUUUUUGGAGUUUUUUACUUUU